AUGAUCUUAGGAGUUUGAGAGUAUGUGAGCUAAUUUAAGGUUUAGUCUCGAACGGUGACUGCCUUCUGAAACAGUUUCUUUCACAAACGUCAGUCCCUUCUCUCAGUUUCAACAAGAGUGUUGAACAUCAAGUAAAGUGAAUCUAUUAGAAAACUGUGUUAUCAUGUCUUCUGAAAAGCAGGAAGAGAUCGAAGAAGUGAAAGAGAUUACUGAUGUAAUAGGAGGCUAUGGUCCAUGGCAAAGAAGGAUUUUCAUCAUGUUUGUUUUAGCCAGCUUUGUACCGGCUUGGCACAACUUAGUCAUCACUUUUUUCGCCCCAAACAUUGACCACUGGUGUAGUCGACCACCAAGUUUCAGUAACUUAACCGUAGAGCAGUGGAAAAACAACAGCAUUCCCAUUGAGAAGGAUAAUGGGAAAAUAUUCCACAGCCACUGCGAAAGAUACGAUAAUUUUGGUGGAAAAAUGAUGAAUCUCACCACAACGAAAUGUGAUACAUGGGAGUAUGAUAAAUCCUUUUAUCAAACUACAAUUAUUAACGAGUGGGACCUAGUAUGUGACGACGAGUGGAUGGUGUCUUUGACUCAGUCUAUUUACAUGGCUGGCUUUCUUGUGGCCACUAUAAUGUUUGGUCAGUUAGCAGACAGGUUCGGUCGUCGUCCAAUUAUUCUAAUCUGUGUCGUAAUCAUCGUCACGAGUGGCCUAGCCACUGCUUUCUCAACCUCUUUUGCUAUGUUUACCGUCUUGCGGUUUCUCGUCGCCUUAGGGAGUGCGGGACUACUAACCACCGGCUUUGUUAUCU